AUCAUAAUUUAUAUUAUGGGUCGUGUUAAACUUCAAAUCAAAAGGAUUGAAAAUAAUACAAAUCGUCAAGUUACAUUCUCUAAGAGAAGAAAUGGACUCAUUAAAAAGGCUUAUGAACUCUCUAUCUUAUGUGACAUUGAUAUUGCACUUAUUAUGUUUUCUCCUUCUGGACGUCUUAGCCAUUUUUCUGGCAAAAAAAGAAUUGAGGAUGUAUUAACUCGUUACAUUAAUCUUCCAGACCAUGACAGGGGAAACUUCGUUCAUAAUAGAGAGUACUUACUUGGCACUUUAAAAAAACUCAAGACGGAGAAUGACAUUGCUCUUCAACUUGCCAACCCAGCAGGAUCUAACUCAAAUUUAGAGGAUCUUCAACAAGAAGUGAAUAACUUGCAACACCAGCUUCAGAUGGCUGAGGAUCAACUAAGGAUUUAUGAGCCAGAUCCCAUGGCCUUCACAUCAGUGGGAGAACUUGAAUCGUGUGAGAAGAAUCUGAUGGAUGCUUUAUCACACGUCUCACAACGAAAGAAAUAUUUGCUGAGCAAUCAUAUGUCGAGUUAUGACCCUUCAGGCGUCCAGAUUUUCUUGGACACAAGUGAAGGGAUGCCAACGUCGUUUGAAGACAUGGGUUGGUUGCCAGAAAAUGGUCAGAACCAAGGCCAAAUUUUCACCAGUUCUGAUCCUUCUAAUACUAUUACUAUGAGGCCAAACCAUCCCUCAGCAACACCAGUAACGACAACUCUAUACGAAACAUUGACUCAUGGACAAGGGGGGAACGCCCUAAACGUUGCCAUGGAUCAUAAAAACAAUCAGAUGGGAAGCGCAACAGCUGCUCAUCAUCAACAACAGCACCAACAACCGCACCAACAACAACACCAACAACAUCAUCCUCAUGAUCAAACAAGUGGGGCUAUGGGACUCUCAUCGUGGCAUCAAACUUAUACUUCAAAUGAGCUUCUCAAUGUUUUGAUGCAAUCAAAUAAUAACUCAUUCUCUUCUCUAAUCAAGCAUGAGUUGGGAGAAGGACCUGGUGGUGUUGGAGGAGCAACAUCCGGAAUGGUUAGAGGACAAGCAGAAGCGAUUCCAGCAACCACGGGAUGUGGAGGAGUAGGAGUCGGAGUCGAAGUAGGAGUAGUAGGAGGGCUUGUGCAAUGUAGUGAAAAUGUUGCUACUGCUGAUCAUUCCACUACUUCUGCAUCAAAUUUUGACAAUGAAAUUUCACAACUGAAUAUGCAAUGACACACUAUCUCUUAACUUUGUGAUCCCCUAUAGUAUUGCUAUUAUUGUAACUUGGCUCUCUAAGUAAUUAAGAGAACAUUGUGAAAGUCAUGGAAGUAAUGUUCUAAGGCCAAUUAUAGUGUAAGGGUUGUUAAUCAAAUGUAUCCUUAUCCUA